AUGGAUGAUGAUCGCAAAGAACAACGCGUGAAUACGAGCAGUAAAUCCUCGCCCACACGCGAUACCUGUGGCGAAGCUAACCGUUGCCCAGCUUGCCCAGCGACUUCGAACGACGAGCAUUUUCAAAAGGGGCACAGAAGCUUGGAAUUGGAUCUAGAAGCGACCGUCGCAAAGUAUGCUGAUAGGCUCGAAGCUGCCCUUACGCACAAGGUUACUGAAUUUGAGAACGCUAUGACGAAUCGAGUAGACCAGCUUCUCGCUGACCAUGUCAAGUCGAUCUCAAAGUACGUUGACACUUGCUUCAACCAAGUCUGCUCCCUCGAAGAUGCGAACGAUGGCCAAACCCUUUCCCAGACAGUCAAAGAUCUCUGCUCGCGCCUCCAUCGAGAAAAUGACGAAGCUGUCACCUCCGCCAUGCAGGCCAUGUUGCAAAGACAGGACAAAUUUCUUGAAAGAAUGCUAAGACAGGAGGUCAUCCUCUUUACCAACACGCUCGGUUUGGUCCGCCACAAACCUUUUGAUCCAACGACUGCGCCUCCCGCAUACAAUUAUUAUCAUAUUUGA